GUAGCAGCAAAGCUGAUGGCCAGCUGGUCUCCAGUGAGAAGAAGGGGAAAAUGAAUGUGCCAGGCUCUGCCAAGAUCAGGGGUCCAAGAAGGCCCAGAGAUGAAAGUGUGGACUUCCACGCUGCUUUGCUUCCUGUGACCUGUGGUCAGAUGAAGGGAAUUUUACAUAGAAAGAAACUGAAACGAGGAGUUAUGAAGUGUAUACAGAGUGAGGAUGGAAGUUGGUUCACUCCCAGGAAAUUUGAAAUCAAAGGAGGCUAUGGAAGAUCAAAGAGCUGGAAGCUGAGUGUGCGCUGUGGCGGGUGGCCCCUACGAUGGCUGAUAGAGAAAGGAUACCUACCUAAUCCUCCAAGAAUGAAUCACAGGAAAAAAAAGAGAACACUGAAGUCUCACAACAGAACCUUAGCUGACCCUUGUGUAAGAAACUCGGAUGUAUGUGAGGUGUGCCAGGAUGGAGGACAGCUGUUCUGCUGCGAUACUUGUUCCAGAUCCUUCCAUGAGGACUGCCACAUCCCACCUGUGGAAACCGAGAGGACCCCGUGGAGUUGCAGCUUCUGCAGGAUGAAUGAGUCUUCUGGAAGCCAACAGUGUAAUCAGGAGCCUGAGGUCCUGGAGAGGCAGAUGGGGCCUGAGGAGCAGCUGAAAUGCGAGUUCCUUCUCAUGAAAGUCUAUUGCUGUUCCGAGAGCUCCUUUUUUGCUAAGAUUCCAUAUUAUUAUUACAUUAGGCUGUCUUCUCAAGGCCUUAAGGACACCAUGUGGUUGGACAAAAUCAAGAAGAAGCUGCGUGAGCAGAGCUACUCCCAAGUAGAGGGGUUCACACAGGACAUGCGCCUCAUCUUUCAGAACCACAGGGCGUCGUACAAGUACAAUGAGUUUGGCCAAAUGGGACUUAGACUGGAGGCUGAAUUUGAGAAGAAUUUCAAGGAAGUGUUUGCUAUUCAGGAACAAAAUGAGAACAAUUGACUGUUGCAGUGGAUACUGAAGAAGUUUGGAGAAUGCCAGCCGAAAUAUGGCACUUUGGGAUGCUGAGGGCACUGGGGACAGGCCGGGAUCAUGUUCUCUGAGCUCCCCUCAGGUACCUGAAGACGAUCCUCCAGAAAGAACCCCAUGGCCAUCAACCCCCACCCACCCACUGGGAAUCUUAACCAGGGAAGGUGAACUCAGAUCACAGGAGAGGACACUGGAGGCUGACACCACUCCCAGACAGAUGACUCUUCUGAGGGCUGCUCUGAGGGAACGUGCAGUACCUGAGAGACUUUUGUCUGCAUAACAGGACAACCUUCAGUCACCACACACUUCCUCCCCUCACCCUCCUGUCACUUGUGUUGUGACACCACCCCACACCACCGCCCAAGCUCCAAGCCCCUAUUUCUUUGUGUAGCUCAGGAUGCUCGAUAAGUCAAUCAUCUGACCCUUCUUUGAAUCUCAUAUUUUGUGGGACUUACCUGGGUACAUAUGUAAGUAAUUAAAUUUUUGUGGGACUUCUGCGAGUA